UUUUACUUAAACAUACGUUGGUUUACUUUAUAUUAUUUUAUUUAUUGACAUUUACGAAGAUCCAUAAAAAUCUACCGAAUUAUUUCAAUUUCUUGGAUUCAAAAAUAUCUUGAAGUAUGUGUCAGAAUCAAUUUUUAAUUAUCCAACAGCAUCGUAAAUAAAUUUUCAUCAUGGUUCUCGCAAUACAUAAUAUUAAAUCAAAUUUUUCUCUAUAUCAAACUGCGAUUGCCGGUGGCGCAGCUGGAGCAUUUACUAGAGCCGUGGCUCAACCUCUGGAUGUCCUUAAGAUAAGGUUUCAGUUACAACUCGAACCUUUAAAAAAUGGAUCCAAGUACAGUUCGAUAAUGCAAGCUACUACUUCUAUCAUAAAAGAAGAAGGUAUAGGAGCUUUAUGGAGUGGUCAUAUACCAGCCCAGUUUCUUUCAAUCACGUUUGGUGUUAUACAAUUUUCUACCUUUGAAAAAUUGACCUACAUGUACCAGAGAUCUGAUCCACAAUAUUAUAACAUCCAUAAACAUUGGAUAAAUUUUGUAAAUGGUGCAGUGGCUGCAGCUGUAGCAACUGUAGUGUCGUAUCCGUUCGACACAGUUCGUACGAGAUUAAUAGCAGAAGAGAAAAGACAUAAAGUUUAUAAAGGUUUUUUUGAUGCAUCUGCCACUAUGAUCAGACAAGAAGGUUUUACAGCUCUGUUCAAAGGUCUCGUUCCGACCCUUGGACAAAUAGCACCCAAUGCUGGUAUACAGUUUGCUGUCUACAAAUUGUUUUCCAAUAAUAUUUUGAAUAGGAUAAAAUUUUUUCAAAGAAGUGAUGUAGAUAUGUUUAGGACUAUUGAAACAUCUUUGUUGGGGAAUCUUUUGGCUGGUUCUUUAGCUGGGCUAGUGGCUAAAACUGCUAUUUACCCAUUUGAUUUAGUGAAGAAAAGAUUACAAAUUCAGGGGUUUCAACAACAUAGGAAAUGUUUUGGGCGGCAAAUGUACUGCAAUGGUGUGAUGCAUUGUGUGAAAUUGACCAUUACUGAAGAAGGUUUCUUGGCUUUGUACAAAGGAUAUGGGCCAAGCAUGUUGAAAGCUGUGUUAACUUCGGCAUUGCAUUUUGCUGUUUAUGAUGAAAUAAAAAGCUUGUUGUUAAAAAUACAUCAAUGAUUUUAGUAAAAUUUUCACUUUCAGUAUGCAUGGUGCUUGAGUGAACAAUAGAUUAUAGUAUUCCAAUGUGAUUUUACUUCUUUUCAUAGAUAUAAGUGUCUGGAAAUUAUAGUACUGGCAGUCUCGAAUAAUCAGCUGUUUGUAUCAUAAAUUGUAUGGCUAAGUUGAGUCUGUACUGUUUUUUGCAAUUAUUUUGUUGCAAUGUUUGAAAUAUUUUUUUAAUACUUCCAACAAAUGAAUCAUGUUACAUUGUUGAACAUCCUUAAUUUGAUAAUUGCAAAAUGAUACAAAAGUAAUUAACAUUAAUCUUGUUUCCUAUUAUGAUAUUGUAAUUUCUUCACACUGCCUAUUGGUUGAUUUAUUUUUUAUAUUAUGUUUGUUUUUUUUUUAAUUGUUUUAUUUAGAUCAGCUCAUAACAAAAGAACGACAUAUUUUGGAGAUGAUAGCUCAUCUUUUAUACCUACAUCUAUUAGUCCAGAGAAAACUACAUAAUAUUAAGUAAAAAAGUAAGUUUUUGAAUAAUAAUAUUAUUCAAUGUAAAGUUCGCUUUUGUUCAUAGACCAGAAACUUAAAUUUUUAACUUUUUUACUCUUGCUUAAUAUGGUAUAAAAUAACUAGUUGUGUCGCGUCUUUGUCUAAGAAUCCCCAUGUUUUAUCAUAGAAAUGUUGUUUUUUUAAGUACAAUCUUCAUCACUGUAUUUCCUGUGAUACUAGAAUAAGGAUGUAGUAAAAGUUAUUUAAUUUAUUAUUUCAAUUUAUUUAUGCAAUAAAAUUUGAAUUAUUAUCAA